AUGUCUCCUGUGGCGUCAAUAUCGUCAAGUCACCUUAGAUCACCAAUGAAUACACACGUGUGCCUUCAUUUCUACAUUAUCACAUUUUCAUCGACUGUGACACCAACUUCUUUCGAGGAAUUGAGCAGUGAAUGGCAUUUAAUUGGCAAUAAUUUAACACAAGUUCGUCAAGUCGAAUCACGUCCGAUCGCGCCAAGCCCUCGAAGUAGACUUAUACAAAAUGUUGCACAGAGCAUUCCUCGAAUUUCGAUAAUGAAAACUACUACGACUAGUACGAAAAUAUCCAUCACCCCCGUAUGGUUCGAGGAGAACAAAGCCACAGUUCCAAUCCGCUAUCCACCAACAAUAACAGCUACCCUCGACGAGGAAGUACGCCGAUCAUUUGACAUAGUAGCCAAAUAUCGAGCGGUGAGAGAUGUAGAGCACAAUAGACAAGUCGACUUUGUCGAUCAACCAUUUAUACCAAGUGUUAACUCAACGGAGACACUAGUUGUUAUACUUGACAUGCUCGCGAAAUCCAUGGGAAUGCAGACGAGCUUUGCCAGUAAGCCAUUAGCACACGAAGAAAGUGCGUAUUAUGCUUCAUGUGGCGUAGCCACUCUGGCCACUUUGCCUUUGUUAAAUACCGAUGGAGAUGGACCUCUGAGCACGGCGAUAUUCAACCUAAAUCUUGAUGUGUCAUACACAGCGGUUACAUCAAUUGAAAAUACACUAAAAGAAUUUGUGCUCUCCUUCACUAAAGAUAUCGUCACGGUACUUGAGUGUCGACCUGAGUGCGUGCGUGUAUUUGAACUAGUGCAUGGGUCAUUAAAAGUACAGUUUGGGUUGACUGCAUCGAAUCGGAAAGAUACUCAGAAUUUAGCUCAGAAAUUUCAAGAUCAAGCCAAAAAGCAUUUUCCCAGCAGCUUACAUGUGCUCAGCAUGGCCAAGCCGGGUAAUUAUCUUCCAGAAUGGAAGUCUGUAUUGGACCAUCUUCGAUUACACCCAGAUGACUUUGACCCGACUCACAAUCGAGACUAUAUCAAUAUACCUGCUCAUGAUUUCGUGCAGCAACGCGGGAAUCGACCAUAUUAUCGGCCCAUUGGAUGGUUCCGCCAUGCGUUACGAGUUAUCAACAAAGACAAUAAAAAUACGGUCUGGUUGGGCAUGAACAAUGGGCCUGAUGAAUGGUGCGUCGCCUAUCAUGGAACAAAAUAUCGCAACGUGAGACUAAUUUUAGACGAGGGGUUGAGGGGCGCUAUGUAUAACGAUGGUUGGAAGCAAGUAGCCACCAAUGAGGUUGGCGAAAAAGCAAAUGUCAUGGGUACUUACCUUGGAACACAUUGCAACAAAGGUUCGGAUAACGAUCGAUACGCUGAGCGCUUCACUGUAAAAAUGCAAUCGGGGAGUGCUGUGACAGAAGAACACUAUCGCGUCGUCUUCCAAUGUCGUGUUAAGCCAAAGUCGUUUACCGAACACAAAGAUCCACAUCGAGAAUCAUUUGAAGACCCAUUGUUCAAAGAAUUACGUGUCUACGAAAGCGAUGCUAUUCGCCUUUAUGGAAUCCUGUUAUACUCUCACCACUAUCUCCGGAUUCCCAAUAUUCCUCGCGAUGCCCGAUGGGCACAACAAUGUGUGAUUGUGGCUGGAGGUAAUGGUGGAGGAAAAUACGAUAAUCAACUAAACUGUCCCGGAGGUAUCAGUGUCGAUGAUGAUGAAACUAUUGUCAUAACUGAUUAUCACAAUCAACGUGUGAUGCAAUGGAAGAAAGAUGCUACGGUUGGGCAAGUAGUUGCUGGUGGAAAUGGCAUAGGCGAGCGAUUGGACCAAUUAAAUGGUCCAACUGAUGUAUUGAUUGACAAACGAACGAAUAGUCUGAUCAUUAGUGAUCGAGAGAAUCGACGAGUCGUACGAUGGUCUCGCCAAAUCGGUACAACACAAGGAGAAAUCCUUUUGGAGAACAUUCGUUGUCAUGGAUUAGCCAUGGAUGAACAUAGAUAUCUCUAUGUCGCUGACAGGAACAAACAUGAAGUUAGACGGUAUAAAACAGAAGAAGGAGACAAAACUGGCACUCUUGUUGCUGGUGGGAAUGGAAAAGGCGAUAGUCUCAAACAACUUGAUUGGCCGACUCAUCUCUUUGUCGAUCGGCAACAGACUGUCUACAUAUCAGACUACAACAAUCAUCGUGUGAUGAAAUGGAAUAGAAAUGCAACUGAAGGAAUUAUUGUAGCCGGGUGCCUACGUGGUGAAAAUGGUCCAACGAAACUGAGCUCUCCUCGAGGAUUAUUCGUCGAUACGUUGGGUUCUAUCUAUGUAGUAGAACGGGGAGAUGACCGAGUGACGCGUUGGUAUAACGAAACGAGACAAAGCAUGACUAUUGUAGGUGGGAAUGGUCAAGGGAACGAAGCAAAUAGGAUGAGUGGCCCCGUUGGAUUGUCCUUCGAUAAACAUAAUAAUCUAUAUGUUGUCGAUACUUCGAACCACAGAGUUCAACGAUUUGGGUGUGGCAAGUGA